UUUCCGGCUGAGAGAAAGUGCAGUUUACGUGAAUCACCUGAACGCAGCACAACAUUAAGAGCACUCCAUCGGCUGAGGAGAGACAAGAUGCAGACUAUAAAGUGCGUGGUGGUGGGUGAUGGAGCGGUGGGAAAGACUUGCCUGCUCAUCUCCUACACCACCAACAAGUUUCCCUCUGAAUACGUCCCCACGGUUUUUGAUAACUAUGCAGUGACAGUGAUGAUCGGCGGGGAGCCGUACACUCUGGGACUGUUUGACACUGCAGGUCAGGAGGACUACGACAGGCUGCGACCCCUCAGCUACCCUCAGACCGACGUCUUCCUUGUCUGUUUCUCUGUUGUAUCGCCUUCCUCUUUUGAGAAUGUCAGAGAGAAGUGGGUGCCAGAGAUUUCACACCACUGCCCGCGGACGCCCUUCCUGCUGGUUGGGACUCAGGUGGAUCUCAGAGAUGACAGCAACACUCUGGAGAAACUGGCCAAGAACAAACAGCGAGCUCUGACCUGUGAGAGCGGAGAGAAGCUGGCUCGAGAGCUGAAAGCCGUCAAAUAUGUGGAGUGUUCAGCACUUACACAGAGGGGACUGAAGAACGUGUUUGACGAGGCCAUCCUGGCAGCUCUGGAGCCUCCAGACACCAAACCCAAGAAGCGCUGCGUCCUGCUAUAGAUGCCCCAAGAGCAGGAGGAGGUAGAGGGGGUGGAUGGAGGGAAAAGAUGAACCCAGACGGGAACAGAGGGAGGCAGUACUGAGAGGAGGGGGAGGGUGCGAAGGUGGAUGAGGUAGACACAUGUUUAAACAGUGCCUUCAGCCGUAGUGACUUAAUGUGGGUGUGGUGUUGGAAGAGACGGGCUCUCAAUAGGCGUUAUUCUCAUCAUAGAUACGUGUCGAAUGUAAUAUGACUAACACAUGUGAGCAACACUUCUCACUAACCAGGAAUCGGGCUUUUAAUUAUAGGAGGAGGAGGGUUGAGCAACAGAGAGGGCUACACCUCAUACGCCUUAAAGAUACAAACAGUGGAUGGAGUCACGGUUACAGCUCAAACUGCCAACCACCUUCUCAAAAAAGAUUUCCACCCAAGUCACAAGUCUUCAAGUUUGAGAACUGUACAAAAUGUCUGACGAAGAUUUGUCUGGUCAGUAGUUGUAGAUCACACUGCUGUUUAACAUUUAUUGAAAUUUGUAGAGAAGCUGCUCUGCUGUAGAUGUGCUUCCUGUAGAGGUUUAGAAAGACAUUUUCACUGACAGACAUUUGAAAUUGAGCUGACAGUUACAUUUUCACACCAACAAAAGUGUCUCAAUUCACAGUAAGGUUAGAAAAAUGAUUCUUUAAAGAUAUACCAUGCAGGAUUUUAAUUGAAAAUAACAUGCAUAGACUCAUACAGAAGUAAUCCAUCUCACUCAUCACUUAUGACCCACUCUCAGUGUGUGGUGUAUUUAUCUGCAGAGACUAUUUUUUUAAAUUGUUUUUAUUUUCUGUGUGUGAGACAUUUAUGAUUUAUUGAUCUAAGCAUUUCUGACUCCACUACAGUAGGUGUUAAUAUGCCCCCUUUCAGCUUGUUAGUAUCGCACCUUUUUCCAGUUGACCUUUAAUGUUACAGACCAAACAAACGACAAACACGUAAGCUGCCGUUAGCUUGAGGCAAACUGGUACAAUGGUGGACAACUUUACAGCUCUGUAUACUUUGUCCAUCCAAAAAUGCUCAGCUCUGGAUGUAGAUUUCACUAUGUUGUUACCGGCUUCUUCUCCUGUUAUGCAUUUAAAGCUUUCAAUUUCCAUGUCAAAGCCUGGGGUGGACACUGUGGACAGUUUGGGUCCAAUUGACUGUAUAUGCAGGAGUAAUUCGACUCCCAUUCACGUUAUCUGGGUGUGUUAGUCCGACUUUGAGAAAUUCAGACUAACACGUUAACAUGUAUUUUAAAAGUCUGGUUUUAGUUGGACUAACACAAUAAAUAGAUUUUCUCCAAUGUAAACAUGUCUACUGUAGAAGCAUUAAUAUGAAACAUACAAAUUUUACUUACCUGUGUUUUACAGAAACGUACAAUGCCAACAUUUUCUUCUGGUGUCUGAGCUGAAAAUCUUUAGAAAUCCAGGUCUAGAAUCUGUGUCAUUUUACAGGUAUACAACACAGGAAUUGUCAGCUACUGUUUGUAAACAGUAUCACAGAUGAAAGUGAAAGCCAAACCCAGAUUCACUAUAUCUGCGUUUAUUUUGCCGCUGUGUCCGCAAUAUACGUAGCUCCCUCUUGGAUGCGUGCUGCUUAUGGUCUGGCACCUGGUCUCUACCUUUUUAUUAAGUCCUCACCUCACCUGUGCGCUAUGCCCAGGAACAUCCUGAACACAACAAAAUAAGAAGAAAAUAAGUUAAUACAGGCAGAGAGAGGGCAGGGUCUCUUCAGAUAAAUAGACUGCCACACGCUUCUAGUGGGUCAUGAGUGAUGACUGAGAGGGAUUACUUCUGUUAGUUUGUACAUUGGUUUUUAGGAAAAUUAUGCAUAGUAUACCUUAAAUCUUUAAUGGUCCAGGUUGCAUUGUAAAAAAAAUCUGGUUUAAAAAGAAAAAGAAAGAUGCAGCAUUAAUAAUAGUCUGAUUAAAACAACGAAAAGAGGAUCACGUGGAGCAAAACACAUUCCUGAGGCAAAAAUAAUGCUGAUUUUUAUUUCAAGAGUCAUAGCAAGCCUGGUGUUGACUGUAACCUGACUUCAUCCAUAUCAGUAGAAAGUGAUUCAGAUCACUUUGUGCAGAAUCAGAGUUUCAGUCCAUCUUUACUGAUUUCUGCUUUGCAGUCUAAAAGACAACAUAUGCCCGCAUGUAAAGGUAGCAGCCGAUGAUGGCAACAUGCAUGCUUGCAAUAAUCUAACGAAUCUAACCUGAUUAAAAUUGCAAACUCAUCAUUGUUUCUCUCACGUGAAAACAGUGCUUUCAAAAAAUGUAAUUUGUUCAGAAAUUAAACCUUUAAUUUGGCACAUAUAUUGGUUGAGUUUCAUAAGACAAAUAGUCAAAGUUUCCUUGAGCCAUGUGGCAACAUGACAAACAUGGAAUAAUCAUCAAAUUUGGAGUCAUGGGAUUUACCCCUGACAACAGAAAAAUGUUGAAAUACACAUAUUUGCACACAAUGAUACGUUCUGUUGUCAUUGUGACCCCAAAAGUGCUUUCUCUGUAGUCACGCUGUCUUUUCUCUCUCCUGCCGUCUCACUGUGGACAUCCUGAACCAAACACGUAACUGAAAACUCCAUACCACCUAAUACAAAGGAUUAAACGUGUUAUAUAUGGGACUGUAACAUAAGUAAAUCAACGUAAAAUUAAUUUUGGCUGGCUGCUGCAGUGAACAGUGUCGGCCUCAAAGCUGCAUUUUGUGUUAUGAGCUGGUCAGUCAAAUUUGAAUCUCUUUAUGGCACAAAACAUUUUAAAAAAAACAUCUACGGCUGUCAAGUUUUCCCAGAAUUAGGUUAAUGAAAAAUGUGGACGAAUUCACCUGAUCCAAGAAGAGUCACAGUUAAAAGGACACAGACAUAGAACAUUGCUAUAGUCCUAUUGAGAAACCAUUUGAUAAAAAAAAGAAAAAAAAAGAUAUGCACUAAAAAACCUCGAAACGCCUUAAUUUUCCUGCAGCAUAAGAACCAGACUUCACCUCCUUUAUUCCAUUUUUUAUGUGUGUAUUGUACUGACUGAGAUGUCAGGACAUCUACUAUUUUGAAAUCCUCUAAUGGCUUUUCGUCUUCUUCGCUUUGCUUCCUAAUAACUUUGAUCACCAGACUGAUUUUUGGUCUAAACUUGUUGAUAUAUUGGUAAUUAAAUGGGAUCUAAGCUUUCAUGCCUUGUGCCGUUCACAGUAGAUGUGACGAAACAUUUAACUCAUGACCUCCUCGUAUUGUCCGCUCCUGCUUGGCUCUCCUUCUGGCCUGAACCUCAAGUGCUCGUUUGGUGUGUUAGCACCUCCUGGAGGCCUUAAAGGGGAAUACCGCUCAGUUUAAAGGUUCAUCUGUGUUGUUACUUUGGCCAGCAGCUGACUCGUCACUGCUUUAGGGCAUUAAAUAAAUCUCACUUGAACCCAGAAAUAAGAAACUUGAAACUGUAAUGUCAUCAGUUACACCAUAAGUUGUCGUUAAGCAGCUGAUGUGUCCGAGGCCAAACAGACAACAACUGAAAUAACUUAAAUUGAGAAUAUUCCCCAUUAAAAUGAUCUAAAAUUCCACUUUGCUUUUUUUCCACUGUUUUGAAAAUGACAGAUUAUUCUGAUAAUGUAUGGAUGAUUACAAGUAUUAUAUAUAUUUUUCUUUGCUCCUUAUUGUUCCUUGGGGAACAUAAUUUUAGCAGGUUUUUUUUUUCUGGACACUUGAUUUUUUAUUUUUCUUUUUAGAUAUUUUUACUAUUACUUGAUGGUUGUGUGCCAACGGUUUGAGAGAGUGUCACCAACUAAAUCCUCAUAAUAAGCUUCUAAUGGCAGAAAAAAAACGACCUAAUAACAGCUGAAGCAAUAAUUACAGAUGUGGAAAACUGCUCUGUAUGGAAAGAUGAAUGUUGGAACUGGUGUUUGGAAAUAAUAAAAACAGUACUUGAA